AUGUCAGAUGAACAACACAAGUCUGAAUUGAUUUCCCUUGUUGAAGACUUAAUGUCUGUUAUUGAUUCCAAACCACUUCAUCCAAGAAAUAAAUUACUGCUUUAUAGCCGUUAUGUUUUAUCAAAAUUAUCUUGGCAUUUUACUGUCACAGAUCUGUCAAAAACGUGGGUGAUUGAAAAUAUCGAUUCCAAAAUUAACAAUUAUAUUCGUACAUGGCUUGAAUUACCCAUAUCUGGAACGCUAAGCACAGUAUUCCUUACCCGAAACAAAUUUGGUCUCAGUAUUUCGCCUCCAUCCAUUAAAUUUACCCAAUGCCAAACCGUUCGACGUAAUGCUCUUAAAACCUCACCGAACACUGUUAUCAGUAAACUUUGGAAGUCAACUAGCAACAGCAAAAAUAUACAAUAUGAUGUAUACACCUCUACAAAACAAAUAAUUAAGGAAUUUCGUUCGAGACAAGAGGAUAAACUUCGCAAGCAAUUGACCUGUCAAGGCUCCUUUUUCAGAAAUGUAUCGAAAUUUUGUCACUCAGAGCUGACAAGAAUGUGGUGUGCAUCUCAAACAAAUUUACCUAGAAAUAUAUUCAAUUUUACCAUACGGUAUAUCAACAAUUCACUUCCUACACGUCAGAAUCUUGCAAGAUGGGGAUUAUCGGCAACUUCAGAUUGUUCAAACUGUUUAUCUCCAGAAACACUACUACAUGUAGUGGCGGGUUGUAAAUCGUAUCUCGAACGGUUCACGUGGAGACAUGACUCCAUCUUAAACCUCCUCGCAGCCAACUUACAAACCAUCAACGGCGCGACUCUCUUUGCCGAUCUACCAAAUUACAAGAGCCCAUCAAUCAUCACUGGAAACUCCCACCGUCCUGACUUGCUUCUAUUAACCUCUAAAGAAUGUCUCUAUAUUGUUGAACUAACUGUUGGUUUUGAAUCAAAUCUUGAAAAUAAUGUUAAGCGCAAAAAAUGCAAAUACUUAGAAUUAAUUAGAGAACAACGCAAACAUUACCAAGCAGUAAAAUUUAUUAAUCUAUCAAUUAGCUCUCUUGGUGUCUUUUCAAAAGAAUGUUCGACAUUCUUAGAAAUGCUUAAAGAUAUUGGCUUUGAAAGGAACCACCAUGAAUACCUUAUUAAACGAAUGACGACGAUUGCAAUUCGAACAACCUAUUACAUAUUUUGUUGCCGGAAUAAAGAUUGGUCCAAUCCUGAACUUUUAACAUUUUGA